AUGAACGCAAUUACUCAAUCGAUCCUAAACAACAGCAAACUGGAGAUUGACUUUAUCAAAAUCACCAAUGCUACCGAGAGGUGGGUUGCCAACACUUCUCCAGGCGCGCAUGGGCUAACCUUUGGCAACAGUUCAUUCUUGAUUUCCCUCAAAGGCAAAACGACCAAGAUUGGUGUAGCGAAAGCUACAGUUUCAGCAAUGACAGUUGAUAUGGUAGGGCCGCGCGGCGCGUUUGGUCGCUUGAAUGUGCCCGAGAUAAAGAUGGGCUCGUUUGGCGCGGCCGACAUUACUAUUGUCGAGCAAGAGAUAGCCAUUAUCGACAUGGAGGCUUUCAAAGCAUUCGUUGCAUCUAUUAUGCAAGACGAUCAGUUGGUCAUGCGAUUGGAAAAUGGCCAGGUUACGGUGAAAUCUAUGGGCAUGACGUCUAACAUUGUUUACAACAAGGUUCUCAACCUGAGGGGGCUCAAAUCCCUGGAAACUACCCUGCUGGAAGUGGAAGCGGACGACGGUGGCGUGAAAAGUACCUUCUCCGUGGUGAAUCCAUCUCAAUUUGAAGUUGAUCUUGGCACCGUGAUUUACGAGGUGCAGGAUAAAGAUGGGAACCGGAUUGGAGAGCAAAAGGGAGCAACAUAUGUCUCGCGUGGAGAGUCAAGUCUGGCUUUGCAUGGUUCUGUUGAAGGAGACGUGUCAAGCGGCGAAACAAGAUUUGUCGGGGUGGAUGUUGAAGAAGAAAACUGGUUGAAGCAGAUCAUGGGGAGUAUUGAGGUAGUAGUCACUGCUUAG